UCUGUCACUCACAUGACGUCUUGCUAGCGCUAGCAAAACAAUGCGGAGGUAAACACAAUAGAAGCUAGGCUGUGCUGCAGGCAAAAAGAGACUUAUUUCUGGUUUCAUUUCUUGAAAAUGCUGCUUAUUAUGCGAUGUAUUUCCGGAACACGCCGAGUAAUGAAUACAUUUCUAUAAAAUAGCAAGCUGUCUUCACUGAACUUCCCUACUUCGAAGAUGAACGCACUGGUGGCUCUCUGUCAUUUCUGUGAGCUCCAUGGACCGAGAACGCUGUUCUGCACCGAGGCUUUGCACCCCCCGUCCCCAUCGCCUUCCUCCCAGGCAGGCGUUGCAGUGCCCGGGGACAGAGAUGUUGACCGGGACGGUGAAGGACUCACAAUGAGGGCUAACAGUUCAGCGCAGAGGGGAGAAAUGUGUGAGGGGUGUCGCUCCCUCCCUGCAUCCCACCCAGGCUUCAUGAGCAUUGACGACGAGACGGGCAUCCGCUUUGUGAGCCACCAGCAUCCCAGGGAGCCGCAGCUCUUUAGCGUCGUGCGUCAGGCUUGCGUGCGCAGCCUCAGCUGUGAGGUAACUGGUGACGUGUGCCCCGGUCGCGAAGGGCCAAUUUUCUUUGGGGACGAGCAACACGGUUUUGUGUUCUCGCACACAUUCUUCAUCAAGGAUAGUCUCGCCAGAGGCUUCCAGCGCUGGUACAGUAUUGUCAUGGUGGCCAUGGACAGGAUCUACCUCAUUAACUCCUGGCCUUUUCUGUUACGCCACCUUCGACUGACCAUUCAGAGUCUGCAAAGCACCGCCCUGAAGGUGUUUGACAAUGAGCAAGGCAUUUGCCCGCAGCGCGCAGUGAGGAUGAACAGUGUGUUCUCGCCCGCGGUGUUCCCGCACCAGAGGAGCGGGAACGCCGCCCGCUCACUCACGUCUCUCACGCAGCAUCCCAAUCUCUGGGCCAGCCUGCACUCCUCUUUCAGCUGGCUGCUGAAGGCCUGCGGUAGUCGUCUGACGGAAAAGCUGCUAGAAGGAGCCCCGACUGAAGACACGCUUGUGCUCAUCGAGAGACAGACGGAACAAGAGGAAGAAAUGAGCUGCUGGGAAGGAGCCGAAGGAGGCGUUUCCAAGCCACAAGCGCAGCAACUAGACGGCCAAGCGGCUCAUGACGAUGAGUCGCCCGGCCCCAGGUUUAAGUCGCUGAGGCAUCUGAGACAGGCGCUUGGAGCGGCUGAGUUCCGGCAGGUGGCGUGGCAUGUGCUCAUGGGAAAUCAGGUCAUAUGGAGAGGCGCCGAGCCCAGGCUCAUCCAGUCUGCUUUCGCUGUACUCAAGACGCUGCUUCCGGUGGGCUGCGUGCGUUCAGUUCCCUACAGCACUCACUACGAAGAGGCCUACAAGUGCAACUUCCUGGGGCUGAGUCCAGAUGUGGCCAUUCCAGCCCACGUCAUCUCUUCAGAAUUUUCAGUUCUGGUGGACGUCAUCUCAGACACAUGCUGCCAAAGCCCACUGACAGAAGAUAAUAUCUGCUCGCUUUAUCAGUUUAUUAUGAGCAGCGCCAACACACAGCCCACAGACAGAGGCCCCACGUUACUCAACAAACUGGAGGUGGCACUGUCCAACGAGAACCUGUCUGUGGACGUGGUGUCUCACUGCCUGCUGUGUUUGAAGGAGGAAUGGAUGAACAAGGUCAAAGUGCUCUUUAAGUUCUCCAAAGUGGACGGGCGAAGCCGGGAGGACACCCAGAAGGUUCUGGCUCUGCUCGGCACCACGGGGCCCGGCGAAGAGGACAACGUGAGGCUGCUCAAAUUCUGGAUGACGGGACUCAGCAAAACCUACAAGAGCCAUCUCAUGAGCGCCGUCCGGGGAGGGGAGAGGAGCCCCAGCCAGUGACAAAGAUCGAAAGACUCAAAGACGUUUUGUUCUGGAGAAAGGAAAGUGAAAGCAAGAACCCUUUCAUGCCCUCAACUAAUUGCCUCGCUUUCCUGGAAUUGAAUGAAGAUAUGCGCUGGUUUCCCCCCGAAUCAACAAGCAUUACCUAUUAUGAUUUUUCAACUGAAAUCAGACUUGUGUAUUUUUCUAUUAAAAUUGUACUAAUACUUCCACUUUAAUUUAUUACAAAACGAAUGUUUAUUGCUUUGGGAAUAAAAUGAUUGACUUGA